UUUUCUCUAUAAUAUUCUGAAAUAUAUACUAAAUACACUAUUUGCAGAAUAUAAUUAGGAUAUUUGACAUACGUGGUUUCAGAAGAGAAGAAGUGUAAUGGUGUUAAAAAGGGGUGUUAUUGUUUUUUGAUAAUUAUUAAAGGGUUGAAUUACUCCAAAAUGGAUCUUUCUCCCCCUAUCAAGCCCCCUAGGGGGGUCAAACCUGCCAAAGAAACGAGUGGACUUCUAAUGUCUGUAAUUCGAACGUUAUCUGCAAGUGAAACUAAUGAACAAAGGGAUAGAGAAAAAGCCAAAUUGGAAAACGAUUAUAAAAUAUGUGACCAAAGGUUAGACGAACUUGUUUCCAAACAUGAAAAUGAUUUGACCAAGGUAAUGCAUCUAUUUGGGUCCAUAUCGCAGAUAGUUCUGAUAAAUAGAGAAAAAAUAAAGAAAGUUAAGGAAAGUUUACAAGAUUGCAAAAGAAAAUUGGGUUGUAAAAGAGAUGAACUGAAAAAUUUGUGGCUAGAAGGUUUAGAAUAUAAGCAUAUGCUGCAAUUAAUUGAAGAAGUUGAAAAAAUGAAUGAAGUUCCAAAUAGCCUUUCAGUAUAUAUGACUAGAAAACAGUAUUUACAUGCCACAAAUUUAUUAGUAGAGGCUGUAAAUUUAGGUAAGGGUACAUUGGAAGGUGUGGAGAGUUUGAAAGAGCUGGGACAAGAAUUGGAACAAAAGAAAGAGCAAUUACACGUUCAACUUUUGUCAGAAUUAAAACAACAUUUGUACGUUAAACCAUCACAGCAUAUAUUAGCAUUAAGAAGACAAAAUUCUGCACAAGAAGGUUUCUUUGCGAAUUCCCCUCUGCAACGAAGUAUAGAACUUAGGAGGUCUGGCAGAAAGAAAUCUUCAAUCUCGAAAAAUCUUUUCAAUAACACAUCAAGUGAAAAGAAAUCCAUAUUUGGUGAUAAUUUUGAUGUAGAAGAGAAACUAGAUGUAUCAAAUCCUGAAGAAAAUCGUAGUAAUUUUGUUGCCAUACUUGUUAAAUGCUUGUGUUUAUUAGAAAAAUUGCCAUAUGCUGUUAAAGAAAUAGUACAAGAAAUGCAACUUUCUUUGAAGCAAAUCAUAGAAAGAACAACAAAUAACAUUAAAAAUUUAGUAGAUGUAAGCGACCAAAGAUUAUUGCUUAAGGAACUCGUACAAAUUUUAUUUGAACAAUAUAAGGAAGUAGCCGAUUCCCACUAUGUAUUUAUGACUUGUGUAGAGCAGGCGAAAAAAGCUCAUAAGCUUGAAAUUAACACAUAUGAUACAUUUUAUUUUUGGUCACAAGUUCAAAUUGUUUUGCAAUCAUUUUUAUCUGAAUAUUUAGACAUCCAAUACAUGUCUAGUGAUAUGCAACUGAACGAUAUAAAUAAUAUUAGCGAUAUAUCUUCAUAUUUCUCAAGACGCAAACAACCAAAUAAAAAAAAUGUACUUUUCAAAUUUGAUGGUUCGUCAAGUGCUUUAAGUUUAAGUAGCACCUUGAAAUCCGUACAAAAAAAUAAAGUACUUAUAUGUCCACCUCAUCCAAAUAAUAUUUUAGUACUAUAUAUACCUUUCGUUUGUUUCUUGGAUGAAUUAGAUCAAUCCGUGCGCAUUAAAAAACAAAGUGAUUCCAAUUUAUACGAAUUUCUGACUGAUUAUGUCAACAACGUUUAUCUGAAACGGAAAUCAGAAGAGAUUUUAGAUCAGAUAGAAUCCUGUAUUAGAAAAUCCGAUGCAUGGAAAGCCACUAUUCUCUUAGAUCUUACUUCAGAUUAUAAGCCCUUAUUAGUGAGUACCGUAACAGUAGAAAGAUGUAUAAGGGAAUGGAAGGCGAUAUUGAAAGCGUUGCCUUUGUACAGUGAAAUGAUCGCAGGAUAUUCCUGUAAAGCCUUAAAAGAAUAUAAAGAAAUCUGUGAUACUGCAUAUAGAAGAAUAGUACAACCCCAAUCUGAAGAUAACAAGAAAAUUUGUAGUGCUGCCUGGCUUAAAGAUGAUGACAUUAGUCGCUUUCUAAAGUCUUUGCCCAAUUGGUUGAACUUGAAAGCACAACAAGAGUAUCACGCGCGAGGUGAACGAAAUAAGAAGUUAUUGAAACGUGAACAUCCAUCAGAAGAGGAAAGUCCCGAAGACGUUCGAAUGAGAAAUAGAAGAGAAGCUGAAAUGUUGGCAAGUAACCUCGGAGAAGGUGGAGUAUCUGCAGGUGAAUUCCUAUCCGAUAUGAAUUUGCUGAAAGAACUCGCCCAGCUUCAAGAAAGUAUGGAAUGGUUUGCGGUUAGAAUGUUUCAAUACGCUAGUGAAUUUAGACGAGAACCUUCUGGAUUGUCACCUCCCCAACCGGACAAUAACCAUUUGGAUCGACCUUCGCCUGUAUCGGCUUCUAUUUUGCAACAGUUAACUAGCAUAGCUCAAGAAUUCGACGAAUUAGCCAAUACGUGCCUUUUGCUACUUCACUUGGAGGUGCGAGUUCAAUGUUUUUAUUAUUUAUUAGCUCAAACGCAUUAUAAUAAGGAAAAUCACGAACCGGAUCCUAAAGUUUUGGAAUUAAGCAGAGUUUUAGCUAAUGUCGAAGAAGCCAUGGCAAAUAGUUUACACCCUAGGAAAUGCAAGUACAUAUUCGAAGGGCUCGGUCAUCUAAUAGCAAAAAUAUUGAUAAGUUCAGCGCAAUAUAUGAAUGUAAUUGAUGAAGCAGGUAUCCAAAGAAUGUGUAGAAACAUAUUUACAUUACAACAAACAUUAACAAAUAUAACGAUGAGUCGAGAAGUUGCUUUGGAUCACGCCAGACAUUAUUUCGAGUUAUUCUUUUUAACACCAGAAGAUAUUCUUAACGGUAUUGUAGAUAAGGGACCUGAAUUUUCGGAAUUAGAGUAUAUGAAUGCCUUCCAAUUGCUAAAUAGGAGUAAUAAAGAAUUUGGAUCAGUUUCUGUACAUUUGGAAAGAUUAUCAGACAUACUAGGAGAAGUAGGAGUGACUGUAUGAUAGUUAUUUAAAGCCGCAAUAGAAUUUUAUAUUUAUUUAAUUUUUAUUUAUAUUUUUUUUUAAAUAAUAUAAACAUGUUAAGUCGUUCGAGAAAGUUUCUAUUAAAAUUAUUAUUUAUAUAAAAUUAAAGAUAUUUUACUGGA